AUGUCUCAAGCCAUCGGCAACACAGCGUUAGCUUACGCUAGAGUAUGGCAUCUAGUUGAUGCAAAACAGAGAAUAUUAGGUCGUAUGGCUACCGGUAUUGCAACGACUUUAAUGGGAAAGCACAAGCCCAUUUUUGAUCCUGCAUCUGACUGUGGAGACUAUGUUGUAGUUAUUAAUGCAAAAGAAGUGAUGGUGACCGGUCGAAAAGCUGAACAAAAGUUAUAUAGACAUCAUACUGGACAUCCUGGAGGUUUAAAAGAGAUUGUAUUUAAAGAUUUAUUAGAAAAAAAUCCGGAAGAGAUUGUUAGGAAAGCAGUUUCAGGAAUGUUACCAAAAAACAAAUUAAGAGAUGUUCGAUUAAAUAGGUUGCAUAUUUUUCCUUAUGAAGAACAUCCCUAUAAAGAAAAUAUUACUAAAAUUUAUGAUAAAACCCUUCUUGAUAAAUUUGGAUUACCUAAACAAACUAAAAGUGAAAAGAAAAAGAAGUUUAAAGAUAUUAAAGCUAUCACUUCCAAAGUUGUUUCUAAUAAUAAAGUUGAUGAUGUGAAAAAAUAA